UGAGUGACGUCAUGAAUUAGUGUGGAGAGGGCCGGUAGAUGGCUCUGGCAGAUCAUGUGAUGGGAUCGAACUGAGGCGAGCUGUCACUACCUUCUCCUCGACCUGUUCUGUAUAUUUCUACACAUAUUAGGAAAGAUCAAUUUGAGGAGCCUGUCAAAAUGUCGUUUACAGAGUACUGGCUGAUCUCUGCCCCAGGAGAUAAGACAUGUCAACAUACUUGGGAGAAGUUGAACAAUCUUACAGCUGUUCAAAACCAAUUAAGUGUUAAUCAUAAGUUUCAUCUUCCAGAUCUCAAGGUUGGUACUUUGGAUCAGCUAGUUGGUCUUAGUGAUGACUUGGCUAAACUGGACACUUAUGUAGAAACUGUGACUCGCAAGAUGGCUGGCUAUUUGGGAGAAGUACUUGAGGACCAACGAGAUAAGCUUCAGGAAAAUCUACUUGCCAAUCAAAUGGACCUUGCUACCUACUUGACGAAGUUUCAGUGGGAGAUGGCGAAGUUUCCAAUCAAGCAAUCAUUACGGGGCAUUGUGGAUGCCAUCAAUAACCAGGUCACUCAAAUUGAAAAUGACCUCAAAUCCAAAUCUUCAAAUUACAACAACCUGAAGUCAAAUUUGGCCAACAUGGAGAGGAAGCAAACUGGAAGCCUUCUGACAAGAAACCUCGGUGAAUUGGUGAAGAAAGACGAUUUUGUUCAAAAUAGUGAAUACCUUGUUACUCUGUUAGUCGUAGUGCCCAAGAUGUACUACCCAGACUGGCAUGCAAAAUAUGAACACCUCGCUGAUAUGGUUGUGCCUCGGUCCUCCAAAAUGAUCUUCGAAGAUAGUGAUCAUGGUCUGUUCACUGUCACACUCUUUUCAAAGGUGAUUGAUGAGUAUAAACUCCAUUCUCGAGAGAACAAGUUUAUUGUCCGGGAGUUUACGUACAACGAAGAAGAACUUACAGCUGGGAAGAAUGAACUAUCAAAACUCAUCAAUGACAAGAAGAGGCAUUUUGGUCCUCUAGUGCGUUGGCUGAAAGUAAAUUUUAGCGAGUGCUUCAUCUGCUGGAUACACGUGAAGGCCAUACGGGUCUUUGUAGAGUCGGUUCUCAGAUAUGGAUUACCUGUGAACUUCCAAGCUAUGCUACUUCAUCCCAGUAAGAAGAGUGUUAAAAGGCUACGUGAUUUACUCAAUCAACUGUAUAGCCACCUGGACUCCUCUGCAACAGGAGGAGCAGGAGAUACUGUGGACAUCCCUGGGUUGGGUUUCAACACAAGUGAAUAUUAUCCAUAUGUAUAUUUUAAGAUCAACACUGACAUGAUUGGUGACCAUAGGCUUUAGAAAGUUUCCUAGCGCAUUUGAUGUAAACUGUUGAUAAUGUAUGAACCCAAAAUGAGGUGAUAUUUGGUCAGUCAAACAAAUGUUUUGAUUGAAAAAAUUGUUAUAAAGAUUUUAUUUAACCAAAAUUUUUUUAAUACUUGCAGCUGAAAACUAUUAGAAAAGAAAUUAUAUAAAUGUUAUUAGAGGCAUGUUACUAAAAUUGUUUAUAAUGGUGCACAAAACUAAUGUAUUCAUAAAUUCCUCUUGUAGAUGUAAAGUUGUGAAAGUACAGUAUAUUCAUAUAUAUAUAUAUGGAUGCCUGACGUGAAGACAUCUUUUUAAUUUAUUGAUAUUGAGGUCAGAUAAAAUGUAAUAUAUUUCACUUGUACAUUUUAUUUUAAAUACAUAGUAGUUUAAUUUGUUCAUCUGGGUUUUGGUUUUUGGGAGAGUGUAUUACAUUCCUGAUAGCCCUUUUCAUUCCAACAUUUAUAUUUAAAUGUUAAAGUUUGAGUAAUGAGUGAUAAUAGUUGUGUAAAAUAGUUCAUUCGUGAGAUGCUUAGAACAAAAUACCGACGCAUUUACCAAUACAAAAAAAUUGUAUACUGUGUGUGCAUUUUAUUGGAGGAUAAGAUUGUUCUUGAUAGACUUCUAGUCCUUUAGGAACAAAUGUCCAUAUUAGGUCAAUGUUGUUAUUUUUAUUUUACCAGAUCUCAAGAUUUUAUGGGCUAUGUAAGACAAUUUGGAAUUAAGUUGCAAAUUUCAAUUCCUUUAGAAUAUGUAUAUUAGUAUUGUAAAUGGCUCCAAAAGUUAACAUAUAGCUGAUAAGCCAUAUGUCAUGUUCAAGAAAUGUUGUGAAUGUAAAGUAGAGCUCUUUGAAUAUGUAUGGUGUAAAAUUUGGCUAUCUAGUUAGCAUUUAAUUGUAUAUUUUAUGUAUAUUAAGCUUCCAGUGUCAUACUUGCUGUUGGGUGACAGUGUCUGUUGACUGAUGUACAGAUUGGUAAAUAAUUUACAUGUGAAUAAAUAGUACACAUU